GAUGAAGAGGAGAGGAGAGGACAGCGAGGAGGCGCUGAGCGGAGGUCGGCGUCGGAGGGAGGAGGAGGCGAGAGGCUGAGGAGGCUGCGGUGGAGAGUCAACCUGCUGGAGAAGCAGAAGCUGCAGCUGACGAGCAGCAGCAACCAGGAGGUAUGCCGGCUGCAGGCGGAGGUGACCCGGCUCCGCUCGGGGGCGGAGCGGGCAGACGCUCAGGGGGCGGAGCUUCAGCACCAGCGCGCCCUCAACCAAAGAGACGCCAAGCGGAUCGCCGAGCUCAGCCGGGACAAACAGGCGGCCACAGAGCGAGCGGCGGAGCUGCAGAAGGUUCUGCACAUGACGCGGCAGGCCCGGGACGGGGACCAGCAUGCCUUGCAGCAGGAGGUGGAGGAGCGCGACCAGCUGAUCCAGAACUUCAGCUCCGAGAACCAGCGGCUGCACGGCCUGCUGCAGGAGCAGGCGGAGGCUCUGGAGGAGACGGAGAAGAGGAGGCUGGAGCUGCAGGCGGAGCUGGAGGAGGAGGCGGGGCUUAUCCAGCGCCAGAACCAAGAGCUGCAGUACCUGACGGAGAGGGAGGAGCGGAGCCGCAGGGAGAAGGAGCGGGCCGACCAGUGGGCGGCCUCCCUGGAGACGGGGCUGGAGGCGGAGCGAGCGGCUCACCUGGAGUCCAAGUUCAGCUGCGAGGUCGUCCAGCUGCGGCUGCGGGACCUGGAGGCGGCGGUGGCGGCGGAGCGGUCGGGCCAGCAGGAGGCGCGGGCCGACCUGGAGGCUCAGGUCCGGGAGGUGGAGGCGGCGCUCGGCCGGGAGAGGGAGCGGGGGGGCGGCGCCGAGCGCGCUCUGCAACGGUUGCAGGCGGAGCUCCAGCAGUGUCGGGCUGAGAACAUGGUUGCCUUGGAAACCCAGAAGAAGGCGACCUCUGACCUGGCAGAGAGGCUGAAGGAGGAGGAGAGACGGCACGCCCACACACGCUCGCUGCUGGAGGAGGCCACCAGGCGGCGCUCCGACUCCGACGAGGCUCUUCUGAGCGUCGCCAGGCGACUCAGAGACGCAGCGACACCCGGCGGCCGCACAGACGAGCCCUCGGCGCAGCCUGCAAUGCAUGAUGGGAACCCGAGUCCCGCUGAAGUCCUGCAGCUGCUGACGACGACCCUCAUCAGCUACCGGCGCAGCCUGGAGGAUUCUGGGAAACGGGUCCAGGACCUGAACUCUGCCUCCCAGAAGCUCCGGGAGGAGAACCGGGCCCUGCAGCAGCUGACCCGGGACCAGACGGCCCGGAUCCAUGAGUCUCAGCAGGUGUUGGCCGGACUGCAGGAGGAGGUGACUCGUUUGCACCAGGAGACCUCUGAUUGGUCGGUGCAGAGUAAAGAUCUGCAGGUGGAGCUGCAGAAGGAGAAGGAGGAGAGGCAGAAGGAGGAGGAGAAGCAGAGAGAGGAGAGAGAAGAAGAAAUACGGAAGAUGACGGAGUGCUACACGAAAGAGUCGAAGGACCACCUGACCUUCCUCCACCGCCUCCACCAGCUGCUGGCCGGCUGCCUGCUGCCGGAUCAGCCCCAGAGCAUUCUGGGAGAUUUCACCUGGAAGGAGCUGAGCAGCGUCGUCCAGGAGCAGGUGACCCAACUGCAGGUGUUGGUUCAGGAGCUGCAGGAUCUGCAGGUCCGUCAGGAGCGAGUGAGGAGGAGGGAGGAGGCUCGGACCCGCCGCCACGCAGGGGAGCUGCAGCGGCUGCAGGACGAGCUGCAGGUGUGCCGCUCCCAGGUGGGCUCCCUCCGGGAUCACGGCUCCUCCCUGGAGCUCCGCUGCUCCUCGCUCACCUCGGAGCUGUCCGGCCUGCGGGACGCCGUCUCCAGGACGCAGCGGGAGUCGUCCUCCUUCUCGGCGGCCUGCGCCCUGCUGGCCGGGGCGCUGAGACACGCCCACCGCCGCCUGGGGGCCCUGGCCCAGCAGAAGAGGCUGCUGGCCCGCCGUCUGCAGGAGCGGGAGCUGCUGGAGCAGCAGGUGAAGAGGCUGGCCGAGGCUCUGGAGGGAGAGGAGGAGGAGGAGGGAGAGGAGGACAGGAGGAGGAGGAGGAGGAGGGCGGCCGGGCGGUGGAGGAGCAGCGUGGGCCUGGUGGUGGCCGUGAGGAGGUGGAGAGCUCUGGGGGAAAACAGCACCGUCCUGUUCCGGCUGGAGGGAGGAGCAGCCGUCUGUGUGGGGGCAGCGUUGCCGGGGGCAACGGAGACGCAUCAGGAGGUGUCAACAGGUGAGGACAGUCGUGAAGACGUCUGUCUCCGCUGGCUUCUGUCCCAGCGCCUGUCCUCCCUGGUCCUGUCCUCCGUGUCCCACCUGCAGGGGGCGCUGGCCCAGGCCGGGGACCGUUGCCCCGGGAACCGUUGCCCCGGGAACCUGAUCCCCGCUGCUCGCUCCGCCCUGACCCGCCUCCUCACUCACCUGCUGGACCAAUCAGAGUCCAGCAUUUCUCCAGGGGGAGCAGACGAGGGGAAGACCACGCCCCCACAGACACAGAACCUGGUCUCCGCCCUCCAGCAGCACUUCUUGCUCUUCAGCCAACGGCUGCACUCGGCGGAGGUGGAGAGGCGGGGCUUAAGGCUGCAGCUGGCCAAUCAGAAGAGAGGAGGAAAGGAGACGGCGGUGGCCCGCUGGUUCCGGUCCGUGUGUGAGGAACUCCACCAGGGUCUGAUCAGGGAGCAGGAGUUCCAGGUGUUGGUGCAGCAGCAGGCGGAGCGAGCCGACGCCCUCGCCCAGGUGCUACACCCGAAGGAGCUGGCGGAGGCUCGGCAGGAGCUGAGCAGGAAGGAGCGCUCGCUGAGGAUUCUGGGUAAACACCUGUCGGGGCUUCAGAAGGAGAGGAAGCACCUGGAGGAGCGACUACGGCGAGCCGAGGACCAGCUGAGCGACGCCGCCAGACGCCACGACUGUUUGAUCCGCUGCAUGAAGGCUGCAGAGAAGAGCUGCAAACAGGUCAGAGACGAGCUCGUCCAAUCACAGCCCUCCCCGUUACCUGAGGAGCACCUGGGCGGAGCAGAGAGCAUCAUGGGAGUCCCCCCCCGCCUCUCCUCCCCCCCGGCUGCCGUGGCCCUGCAGAGCUUCCUGUCCUCCGUCUCUCAGCUCCGCCACACCUGCCGCUCCAGGGUCACCGCGCUGCAGGACGCCCGUCUCCGUGGCAACCAGGUCCCCGUGGAGCAGUUCCCUGAAACGCCUCCAUUUGACGACCCGGGAAAAGCUCAAGUCGUCACUCCGUCUAAUGUGACCCAAGAACCGUAGUGUGUUUGAGCCCCGCCCCCUGACGAACAGCCCCGCCCACUCCGUUCAGACAAGCCCCGCCCCCUGCCCCUCCCUCUACGAGGAAGUAAGACCCGGUUGUGGAGCCGGCGGCGGCUCGGAGACGAGCGUCUGUCCAGCCGGGCCGGAUGGACGACUCUUACGCCGCUGGUCGGCCAUUUCUGAUCCAGGUUGU